AUGCAGCGCUCAGACGGCUUAGCCCGCCCCUUGGCCGCGUGCCAGCACGCCCACCAACGUUCGCGCCGGGACCGAAGAGGGCUUACGCGAUAUUGCAGAUCACAGCCAGCCAUACAGAAUCCCCCAUUUCUAAUUCCCUUCAUCUCCUUGCGCUAUCGAUCUUGUCGAAAAGGUCGCCAGGUUAGAGAGAAAUUACCCUAA